AUGGGGAGGUUUCAAAAAUGUUCUAAAUGUGUAUUAGCUCUCAUUGGUGUAUGUGUAUCAGUAUUUAUUGUAGGUGUUGUUUUAUUAAUUGUUGGAUUCUUAAAUUAUAUGUCAGAGUCAACACCACCACCAUAUAUGUGGAGUUUAAAUCUCUGUCCGUCAACUAUAAAAAAUCAAUGGGUUGGUUUUCCGGUAGGAGCAGAUUCAAAAUGUCAAGAUAAUGUAGCAGGUGAAGGUGCUGAACAAACAUUUAUCGUAAAUAAAAAUGUUUUAGGUGAAUCAAUACCGUAUUCCGUUAUGGUUUAUGUUACAAAUAAAGUUAAUGGUAGUGUUUGGUUAAAUCAUUUCCAAGGUGAAGAUCAUGUAUUUGGAAUUUUUAAAACAGAUUUAGAUACUUAUACAAAAACAGAGUUUGCAUAUUGUGGUGGUAAGAGUAUGACCAUUUUUAGAGAUGGUCCAAUUAAUGAAGACGAUGGUGAUUAUGUUACUGAAACAUGCCAAGAUGUUAAACAUGGUUGUAUUUAUGAACCAGCCAGAUCAUUAACUAGUUAUGAUUUAAGGGAUGGUCCAGGUGGAGAUCAAAUUUUACAUAUGAAAGAAGUUGGAGAAGGAUCAUACUUUAAAGUAUCGGCAGUAGUUAAUAUACCUACAAAUGCAACUGGUUCAAAUAAUGUUGAUUUUGUACCAGAGGUUUAUAUAGAAUAUAGAGUUGCAGGUAGAGGACCAGAACAAGAUAUGGGUUUAAUCUUAUUGAUUAUUGGUGGUGUUUUAGCGGAUCUUAUGCCAGCAACACUUUACUUUUUACUCCAAAAAUAUUACUACAAAAAUGAUGAAAAUAAACAUAAUCAUGAAGAUAUCGGAAUACCGUUAAUGGAAUUAGAUGAAAAAUAA